CACGUCCAAGUACUCAAACAAAUAUAUCUUUUCACUCUCCAAAAUGAUUUUUUACAAGAACUUGUCCACUUUCAGCUUCCUUUACGCUCUCUGCUUUUCCCUUGCCCAUGCAGCUACAUUUGUCAUAACAAACAAUUGUCCCUACACGGUUUGGGCUGGGGCUGUACCCGGUGGUGGAAUGCGGCUCAACCCAAGGGGUGGAAUUUGGAACCUUGAUGUUAGUGCAGGCACCAAAGGGGCUCGCAUCUGGCCACGAACUGGGUGCAGUUUUGACGAAGCUGGGCGUGGCAGAUGCCAAACAGGUGACUGCGAUGGGCUUCUCCAAUGCCAAGCCUAUGGUGCACCCCCAAACACCCUGGCAGAAUACGCACUAAACCAAACCGUUCGCUGUGACAAUUGGGAAAAAGCUACUGCUACUAGAAGAAAAUUGUACCCAGCAGCAUAUUCCAUCUCCUUCGAAUCGGGUCCUCCCCAUGUUGGAAUCCUAGCAUCGACAAUGUGCAACAAUGGCGGUCUUCUCCGAUGCCAAGCCUUUGGUGCACCCCCAAACACCCUAGCAGAAUAUGCACAAAACCAGUUUAUAUACUUGGAUUUUUUUAAUAUAUCCCUUGUUGACGGGUUUAAUGUUCUCAUGAAAUUUAGUCUCAUCUCUAAUGGGUGCACUCGUGGGAUAAGUUGUAUUGCUGAUAUCAACGGGCAAUGCCCCGAUGAGUUGAAUGCUCCCGAUGGAUGUAAUAAUCCAUGCACUGUAUUCAAGACCGAUCAAUACUGUUGCAAUUCUGGGAGUUGCGGACUCACAGACUUUUCCAAAUUUUUCAAGGAUCGUUGUCCCGAUGCUUACAGUUACCCUAAGGAUGACCAAACCAACACAUUUACAUGCAAUGGUGGGACUAACUACUAGGUUACCUUCUGCCCUUGAAGCAGUGCUGGUGCCAUAGAUCAUUUAGUACUUACCUACGUAGUAUUUAUGUGAUGAUGUAAUAAAAACUUUAAGGUUGCUUGGUGAGCAUACCUUGUCGCGUGCAAAAUGCAAAUGCCAACCUUCGUACUCAAA